CAACAGGUUCAUCAUAGGCUAAAUUGUUCAUGUUGACUGCAUAGUGCGAGUGCGAUUUGGCUUCCAAACCAGGCGCAUAUUUACUGUAGUUCAGUAAAAGUUUUUUUGUUCUUUACACAAAACCCUCCAGUCAUGUCAGACAAAGGCCAAGACGUCGAUUUAACUAGAGCCAAACAAAACACAGGAGUCUGGCUGGUGAAGGUCCCCAAAUAUCUUUCUCAGCAGUGGGAAAAAGCAUCUGGGCGAGGAGAAGUAGGCAAACUUAAAAUUGGGAAAGCUCAAGGGAAGACGGCGGUGUCUUUCAGUCUGAACGAGGAGCUGACAGUGGUGCAGUGCUCUGGGGAGAAGGUUUCGUCAGUGCGCUCCCCGAGAGAACAUCCCUUCACCAUACAGACGGUGGGCGGCCAGAGCCUCGCUGUCUUCACAGAGACCUCAGACAAGCUGGCUCUUGAAGGCAUGGUUGUGCAGCGAGCUGAGUGUAGACCUGCAGUCAGUGAGAGCUACAUGAAACUAAAGAAGCUCCAGAUUGAAGAAUCCACUAAACCUCUUCGUUUUUCCCAGAAGCUUGAGAAAGCUGUCACAACAAAUUAUAAACCUGUGUCCAACCACAGCCAUAAUGUGGAGUAUGAGAAGAGAAAGAAAGAGGAAGGCAAGCGUGCAAGAGCUGACAAGCAGAAGGUUCUGGAAAUGCUCUUCUCUGCCUUUGAGAAACACCAGUACUACAACAUCAGAGACCUGGUGGACAUUACGAAGCAACCGGUGAUUUACCUGAAGGAGAUUCUUAGGGAGAUCGGCGUGUAUAAUUCCCGAGGGCCUCAUAAGAGCACCUGGGAGCUGAAGCCAGAGUAUCGCCACUAUGAGGAAGGACAGGAGGAUGAGGAGGAAAAAAUGGAGUAAUUCGGUUUACAUAAGCCUGGGUUGGUUUUGCUUUCAUGUAACUGUUGUUUGUUUUUGUGCCAGAUUUGUUUUGGACCUUGUUCACUCCCAGGUGGAACGAAUGUCAGUAUAAAAGAAAUCAAGAUCAACUUUUUUCUUGAGUUACAUAACGAAGCGUUUCUCUAAAAGCAUUAUGAAAUGAAUACUGUAAUUUGCAUAUGACUCUUACAGUCUUCCGAGUUAAGAGCACUUGUGUUUAUGGUUACAGAAGCACAUUAAUAACAUUAAUGAAAACACAGUCAGCCUUUGGACUUUCCAUUAGUUAAAUAGUUUCAUAACUCUCAUCAGUAACAUUUAGUGCAUAUAAACACAUCUGUCCUGCUGGGCAGGAAUAAUCACAUGCAAGAGUAAAUUGCUCAAGGUCACAUGCGGGUCACACUUCAACACAACAAUAAAUCAAAACAAAAUUAGCAAGAUGAGGCAUAUUUUUAGGACCAGCAAGGAUUUCUGGAUUGUUCUCUACAGUGUUUACUCAUCACUGAAGUUCAUUUUUCAGUUUAAAUUAGCAUGAAGCCAUUACACAAUAAAUACCUGCAUAAUGUA